CUCUAGUAGAAGAGAGUAACCAUUUUCUUCUUCUUCUUCUUCUUCUUAACUUCUCCACUCCCACACCUCACAAGCAAAGCAAAGAAUUGAAUACUCCAAACCGCCGAGUCUUCGCUUCGCUGCGACGCUCCUCAAUCUCAGAUCUGGAAGCUUCUUUGCUUCGCUUCGAUUCGAAUUCAUUUGCUUGGGCGCUGAGAAAUUGUGUUUGAAUCUUGGGGUUACAGGAGGAGGUUGUUGAUAAUUGGAGUGUUUGGAAAUGGCGACUUAUACUGAGAUAGGUCAACACUCUCAGGAUAUAUCUAGCUCUGCUAUUUUGGAUCAUGGUUCGAUAUCGUUUGGAAGAUUUGCUGCUGAGACGCUUGCUUGGGAGAAAUGGUCUGUUUUUCGGCAAAAUCGAUGUCAGGAGGAGCUCGAAAUGUACAAGUCGAAUGGAUUGGUAGCCCAAAAGAGGGCUUACUUUGAGGAGUAUUAUAAGAGAGUUAGAGCUCUCAAGGCAUUGCAAUCCGAGCAUCAAGAAACAGCCCAAGUUGAUGCUUGCCCAGAUGUGCGGAUGAAUUCCAUGCAAUUAGAAAAUGACAAUUCUAGUAAUGAUAUGUCAAAACAGGAAAAGUCAGCUCCUGAUGCAGUUACUAACUCGGAUUCUUCUGUGGGAAGUACAGUGGGUGAAGCAGGACAAGCUAACAAAGAGUCAUUGAAUGAUUGCAAUGGAUAUAGUGAUAGUUUUACCGUCACAGAUGAAGCCGGUAAUACUUUAUCUAAUGUCGACCGAGAGCAAUCUUCACAUCAGGCUUCUGUAUCAGCCACUCCACCGGUCACUGGAAGCUCUGUCGACAGAGAGCAAUCUUCACAUCAGGCUUCCGUAUCAGCUACUCCACCGGUCGCUGGAAGCUCUGGGGUUGCCAAGCAUGGCAGCCUUGUCUCUGACCCUGUCAAGCUGACUGCUAAUGAGCAAAAAAAACUUGCCCCUGUUUUAAAGGCUAAGGGUAAUGCUGCUUCAGUUAGAAACAAAUCAAAGUUGGAGUGCACUAGUACUAAAGAUGCAGUUACGGCAUCAGCAAAGUCAAAAUCACUUCCACUCAAUCAAAUUAAUGGCAAAAGGGAUAACAUUCUUCUUCCUAGCAAAAGCAACACUCGUAUGGCUGCAAGUGGUAAAGAUUCCAGCCUAGUGUCCUCACAUAAAAAACUUACUGAAAUACGCUCCAGUGCUGCUGUCCUACAUCCUUCCUCAACAAGAAUCAGAAUGGUUCCAUCAUCUCCUUGUGGUAGAAGUGAUCAAAGAAACGCAAAUACGAAUGGCAAAGAUUUGGCGGAGAGCUUACGAACAAGUCGACCCGUUCAUUCACGAGCUGUUCAGAAUCCUUCAAGAGAGAAGCCAAUUACCAGUGGUUUGAAGGACAAGGCUCUAGAGAAAUGGACCUGUCCUGGAGUUUCUAAAAAGCCUUCAGAGUUGAGCAGUCAACGGAUGCAACCAAAAGUUUGCCAAUCUGAGAACCAGAUACCAAAUUCCAUGUCAACCAAUAUUGCCCGAAAUAGAUUGAUCCGAGAUACUGAAGCUGACUGUGGGAGCAAGAAUUAUGGAAAAGAAAGAAAUGAGAAAGAGGGAGGAGAGGGAAUUAACAGUACAUGUAGAAAAGAUCCAAAGUCAUCCUAUAAUCCAGCGUCAAGUAUUCAGAAAAAUUUAAAGCUGGUGCAUAAGCAAACUAAUCAACUUGAAAUCUUUGUGAUUGAUUCCAGACUGCAGAAUUGCGGUCUGGAGGCCUCAAGCAUGUUCAAAGGGAACCAAGAACACAAUAUUUUUAUUUUAUCUGCCAUCUAAAUCUCUUUUGUGUGUGGGUGUUUGUGUGUGUGUCCCUUCUAUUCAUCAGCAAACUAGGCAACUUGAAAUCCUCGUGAUUGAUUCCAGACUGCAGAAUUGCGGUCUGGAGGCCUCAAGCAUGUUCAAAGGGAACCAAGAACACAUACUUUUAUUUUAUUUGCCAUCUAAAUCUCCUCUUUUCUCUUUUGCUUCAUAGAGUGUAAUGUUCCUUUUUAUUUGUUCGAGGUGAUACUCCCUAAAUAAACAAAUAGAAACCAAGGUCUGUGUGCUUGUGUUACUACCAGAAUUUUAGGAAUUUUGGGUUUCUGUAGUCCAGCCUAUUCAUGGUAAGGGAUUGCUUCCUUAAUUGUCGCCGUCGGGGUGUGUUGGUCUCACCCGAUAUCUCUAUGUCUGCCAACUCUUCAUAAAUUCAUAGCUUGCUGAAGCUGAACUGUUCCCUUUGCAACAACUUUCAAUUUUUCUUGCAUGACUACAACUUUGUGUUUUUUUAUCGCAGUUCUUUCCUCUGUGAACUCCUUGUCCACAGUACCUGUAUCAUUUUUCCUUUCAAUGGAAGGUGUUUCUUUUCAAAAACGAAACAAAAAGAAUAAAGAAUAAACUUUAUGGAGUUCUUUUCUUCAGAUUUGUUCCGUCGGUGUCUCAUUCAUCUUUUAGAAGAAAAAUGGUAAAAGGGUAUGACUUUGUUUCCUAAGAAGGUAAAAAUAAUUUAAUAUAGAACUGUCAUCAGUUACUAUGAACUUGUGAAAUAGUUCUUCAUUGUAGUGUAAUAAUCUGCGUAAAACAGUCAGAUAUUUUGGUGUGAAAGCUAUUCAUAGUCAUCCUUAAAGACUUGAUCAAUAUCAGCAACUUAUAUCACAUGUUGCGCACCUGGACAAGUCAUUUUUUAAAUUCAUUAAGUCAUAGUAAUCUUGCCUCUCACACACACACGACAAAAAAUUUCCCUUUUUCUUUUCUUUUGGGCGUGCUAGGUUGUGUCCUGUAGAUGGAUCUACUCGGAUAUCAUUCAGAUGGUUUUUAAGAAUGAGUUCUGAAUCUUCUGAUCUGAUCUGUUCCUCUCAUGCAAAUAGUAAUACUGCACUCUUGUGAACUUAAUGGCUGAAGUGCUAAAUAAUGCUCGAGUUUUUGAAUACUAUGAAACGGCCCUGGAUCUCAUUCUGUGUGGUUGUCAAGUUUGAUUAU